CUUCGCCACCGACGGCGACCAUCUCCCUCAGUCGUUCAGUCUCGCUCGCUAUCACUGCAAGAUGGCGGCGAACAACAAGACCAACAAGCUGGCCUUCCUUUCUAUGCCGGCGCCGGCAUCCUAUGUCGCUGGUCUCGGACGAGGUGCCUCUGGCUUCACCACACGUUCGGAUAUUGGUCCGGCCCGUGAAGGACCCUCCGCGGAAGUCAUUGCCGAAGCACAAGCGAAGCGAGGCGAGGAAGCGGAGGUUGACCCGGAUCAGUUCCAGGAUCCCGACAACGAAUACGGUCUCUUCGCUGGGACUACGUACGAAGCUGACGAUGAGGAGGCGGAUCGUAUAUAUGAGUCGGUGGACCUGAACAUGGAUGCUCGGCGGCGGGCGCGUCGGGAGGCUCUCGAGAAUGAGGAGCUUGCGAAGCAUCGAGCCGAGCGACCGAAGAUUCAGCAGCAGUUUGCUGACCUGAAGCGCGGCCUGGCGGUUGUCACUGACGAAGAAUGGGAGAGCAUUCCAGAGGUGGGCAAUCUUACGCGCAAAAAGCGUAAAAGGGACGAGAGGUCAUUUGUUGUGCCCGACAGCAUCAUUGUCGGAGACAGGUCUAAGACCGAAUACGAGAAUGCACUGGACGCGAGGCAGCAAGCGGCAGGAGGCUUUGAGACCCCAGCAGACAGCGGCACGCUCACGAACUUCGUGGAGAUGGGUCAAGCUCGUGACAAGAUCUUGUCGUUGAAACUAGAUCAGGUGUCGGGCACUUCCACCAACUCCGGUCUCUCUACCUCUAUCGACCCCAAAGGCUACCUCACCUCCCUGGAGAGCGUCGUGAUCAAGACAGAUGCAGAGAUUGGCGAUAUCAAGCGUGCACGUAUGCUCUUCGAUUCGCUUGUCAAAUCCAAUCCCAAGCAUGCGCCCGGUUGGAUCGCCGCUGCAUGUCUGGAAGAGCAUGCUGGCCGCAUGGUUGCAGCACGCAAGCUCAUCAAGCAAGGUUGCGAGCAAUGCCCGAAGAGUGAGGAUGUGUGGCUUGAAGCUGCACGCUUGCAUAAUAACGAUGAUGCUAAGGUCGUUUUGGCCAACGCAGUACAGCAUGUGGGCCAGAGCGUAAAAAUCUGGCUGGCUGCCGCAGACUUGGAACACGACGCCAAGGGCAAGAAGCGUGUCCUGCGCAAGGCUCUUGAACACAUCCCGAAUUCCGUACGCCUGUGGAAGGAGACCGUCAACCUUGAGUCUAAUCCUGUCGACGCACGCAUCAUCUUGUCGCGCGCAGUGGAAGUCAUCCCUCUCUCCGUAGAGUUGUGGCUAGCUCUUGCUCGUCUGGAAACACCCGAGAAGGCCAGGGCAGUCCUGAAUAAGGCUCGGAGCGCGGUGCCUACAAGCCACGAGAUCUGGAUUGCUGCAGGCCGACUGAUCGAGCAACAAGCCUACGCUACCGAGAUGCCGGAAGCGGUGCGGAACGAGGAGCUCGCGGUCGUUGAUAAGACUAUCGCAGCCGGUGUGCGGCAAUUGCGCGCGCACGGCGUUCUGCUCACUCGCGAGUUGUGGCUGAAGGAGGCGGAGCGAUGCGAGAGCGAAGGGUCACCACGCACGUGCGAGGCAAUCGUGAAAGCCACCGUAGCGAUGGAGGUAGAGGAAGAAGAUAGGCUCGACACUUGGAUGAGCGACGCAGAGAGCGCAGAGUCUCGAGGUCACGUAGGGACCGCGCGGGCAAUCCUUGCGUAUGCACUCAAGGUCUUCCCGGACAAGAGGGUAUUAUGGCGCAAGGCUGCGGAUCUCGAGAAGGCACAUGGUACAAGGGAGUCACUCGCCGCAGUCCUCGAGAGGGCCGUUCAUCACUGUCCGCAGGCGGAGGUCCUCUGGCUCAUGUGGGCGAAAGAAAAGUGGCUCGCCGGCGACGUCCCCGGCGCGCGUGAGGUCCUGGAGAGGGCCUUCGUUGCCAACCCGGAAAGCGAACAGAUCUGGCUGGCCGCUGUCAAGAUUGAAGCUGAGAAUGGCGAGGUUAUAGCCGCGAGAGAACUUCUCGUACGGGCCCGAACUGUGGCCGAUACUCAAAGGAUCUGGAUGAAGUCAGCCGUCUUCGAACGGCAGCAGGGGCAGAUUGACACCGCACUCGAGACGCUCGCAACCGCUAUUAAGAAGUACACCAAAUUUGCAAAGCUCUAUAUGAUUCAGGGUCAGAUCCACCAAGACCGGAAGGAUUAUGCCGCAGCUCGCGCUUCCUAUGCUGCUGGAAUCAAGCAAUGCCCUAAAGAAGUCACUCUGUGGAUCCUAGCCAGCCGACUGGAAGAGGCGGACGGAAAGAGUAUCAAGGCGAGAGCGCUUCUUGACAAGGCCCGCCUGGCCAAUUCUGGCAGCGACGUUCUAUGGGCCGAGGCAGUAGGCGUCGAGGAACGUAGUGGAGGCACUGCACAGGCCAAGACGGUGCUGGCGAGGGGCUUACAGGAAUGCCAGACUUCCGGCUUGCUCUGGUCCAUGACCAUAUGGUCAGAGCCACGCCCCACCCGGAAGUCUCGCUCCGCCGACGCUCUUCGAAAAGCCGCGGACGAUCCCUUGGUGCUGUGUACUGUCGCACGGCUCUUCUGGGCUGAGCGAAAGAUCGAGAAGGCGAGGCAGUGGUUCGAGCGCGCUAUCACCGCCAAUCCUGACCUCGGAGACAACUGGGGAUGGUGGUUGAAGUUCGAACGUCAACAUGGAAACUCAGAGCAACAGGAGGAGGUUGUUAAGAAAUGCGUGGCUGCGGACCCUCACCACGGUCCGACAUGGCAAUCCAUUGCUAAGGACCUCAGGAACGCACGGAAGAGCACCAAGGAGAUCUUGGAGCUCGUUACUAAUGCACUGAAGUGAUCAUGCAAGUUGAGGGCUUUGUGGCACUAUGUUGUAUUUGUAUGCGUAUCAUUUGUAUCUCCGGAAACUACGGUUGUGCGACUCGACAGCGACUCGUUUAUAUUGGUGUAUUACAUGAUGUACGGAGGCUGACUAGCGUCCUUCGUAUCCGAAGCGAUUCGCUGAACAUCACCUGCGACUGUCGCAGUACUUACUUCCGAGUCCCAUACACCGUCUCGUCCUAGGUGUCCAAUUUCGGAGUGCCGUGAGAGAUGCCUCGCAACCAAGGUACAUGCAGGCUCUAAGGAUGUCCGUAGUACGUACCAUCCAUGGAACAAUACUUUGAGUCGGAACCUUGCGC